CAUAGGAUGUGACAAAGACUCGCUCUAUGUGUAUUUCAUGUAAGGGGAUCUCCCUCCAAAGCCACAAUCAACAAUACUUGGUUUUUAAAUGACUUAUUUCCCGUCAGCAAAAACUGUUACGAUUGUCAGGCCUCAAUUGUCCAUCAUUCUGUAACAUCCCGACGGUACAGUGAUAGGUGGAAAUCAUGAAUGCUUCAAUUCAAAGUAUGGUGAUACCAGAUAAGCUGUUUUGCCUCUGGACUCCUGAGUCCAAGAAGGCAGCAGGAUACUUCCGUAGUCUCCUCACAAAGACACUGGGAGCUCUUCUUAUAAAGGUGAAGAACCAACAACCACACCAACAGGUUACCAACUCACUGAGAAGUAUAUCAGCCACCUACCGGUCCAAGCUGGGGUUAGCUGAUGCAGCAUCAAGACCCGACUGGGAUGAUCCUGCUAAUCGUUGUGCCUAUGUGUUCCUUUACUUCAUGAAACACAGUCAUCUUGUGUUUUUAAGUUUACAACCACUGCAGAGAGAAAGUUAUUUCACGCAAUGGAGCACAAAUGGAAAGGAUCUACGGAUUUGCAGCCUUGGAGGAGGCCCGGGUUCGGAGCUGGUUGGGAUGGCCGCAUUUCUACGAGAAAAUGAUCUGUGUUCCGUCUCCAGACUGAAGUGCACCGUCCUUGAAUUAUUUCCAAGUUGGAAAGAAACUUGGGACAGCAUCCAUGAACAUGUACCAGAGCUUCCAGCCGUUGAGUACAUAGAGUGUGACUUGGUUCAUCACUCAGAGUUGCAAGCACCUGUCGUAGACGCGGUCAAGAAUGCUGACAUCGUCACUAUGGUCAAGACGUUUUCAACCAUCUCAGCCUUCAUCAGGGAAGACGGUAGAGCACAGAGGAUGCAGACCAUCUUCCGUGAAAUGAAGAAAGGUGCUCUGCUACUCUUCAUCGACAAUGAGAACGCAAGCAAGAGUUGGGAGUUCCUCAACAGUUUUAUUCUGACUGCUGGAAUGACAACUUUAUAUAACUGGUCAGGUAAGACAGUCAUGCCAUCGAAGAAAUACUCAGCAACGAUAAAGAAAUUCAGCAGUAAAGUGGAUUUCAAACCGAUGCGAUUCUGUAAAAUCCGAGCGGUGCUUUUACAAAAAGUGUAAGAAAGAAUUUUAGUAAACCUAUUGCUAAAAGUACGCAAGUUCCAUAUGUACCAUCAUGGAGGUAGAGUUAGAUGGUACCAUUACCAGGGAACGAUACAGUAGACCCAUACAUUUGAACCUCAACACGAUUUGUAAAACCAAACAAACCUCGAGUCUUUUCCAUGCUAUCUAAGCCAAUUAAUUAAGUGUUGUGUCCACCGACGUAGGCCUACCCAUUUCUUAGUCCCCAAUAGAGAAACUACUUCUCAAUUAAUAGAUGUUAAAUUUUCAUCGGGGAUAAAAAAUAUAAUUUUGGGUUUACCUUACACCGAUAAGUACUAGCACAGUAUUUCAGUCAGCACAUUCCCGAGUCAUGUGAAGAACAAAAUCACAGGCUUGCCACCCGAGUAUCACAUGCGUGUGAUUUUUUUUUUUCACAGGAAAGUACCGAGUAUACAGUGCUAGACACAUCGGUGUAAGUGUAAAAGCAAAAUUAAUCUACUUUUCAAUAUUAUUGUGCAGUAGUGGACGCUAGGUGGCAGCAGACUUCCCAGGUAAAUAGACCUUAUCGCAAAUACCAAUGCGCAAGCGCAGACUGU